AAAAGAUAAAAACCACAUAAUAAAGGAAGAAGAAGAAGAAGAAGAAGAAGAAGAAGAAGAAGAAGAAGAAGAAGAAGAAGAAGAAGAAGAAGAAAUAGAAGUGGGAAAAGGAGAAGAACAACAAAACGUAUCAUAUCACUGAACAGAACCACCAAAAUCUAGUGAACAUGAAACCAAACGAACACACAGACACGUUCCAGCACCCUACAGUUUUGACCAUCCCUAGCUCCAAUAACACCACGACCUCUCACGACUACUACGACUACUACUACUACGACUACGAGGAAUCUUUGAGCACGUUUCACUGGGACCAGCUGCUGCCGCCUCUCACUGUGUAUAUCGUCACCAUUCUGCUUGGCGUUAUUGGGAAUUCUUUGAUCAUUUACACCAUCUUCAGGUACAGCGGAAUGAAGAGCACCACUAAUGUAUUCUUAGCGUCACUGGCCUGUGCUGAUCUACUCCUCAUUCUCGUCUGCGUGCCCGUCAAGACGGCUAAGGUGUUCGCUUACUCGUGGACUGUCGGGUGGUUCCUCUGCAAGGGUAUCCACUAUCUACAGAACCUCUCCGCCAUCUGCUCCGUGCUCACCCUUACUGCCAUGAGCCUGGAGAGGUACUAUGCCAUACUGUUCCCCUUCCGAGCCAAGUAUAUUCUGACUGUUCACCAGGCGCAGAGAUGUACCGGGAUGGUCUGGGUGCUCUCCUGUGUCCUGGCUACUCCUAUACUCUUCGUGCAGGUCCACAGCCGCGUCGGGGUGAGGGUGGAGAGUUACUGGUGCCACAGAGACUGGGAUGCCGUGCUGCUUUGGCGGGGAUACGAAACCUACAUGCUGGUGCUGGUUCUCCUCCUGCCGACACUAGUGAUGGCGUUUGCUUACUCUGCUAUUGGGUACAAACUCACCAGGGUCAUGAUAGAACGGUCUUCUCUUGUUGGUGGCUCAUCUCACAGUUCCGGAGGAGAAUCGCAUCCCCUUAACUCAGUGAGGGUGUCCAGCAGAGCGAGAGAGGAUGACAGGGAUAAGCGUCAGAUCGUCACCAUGCUGUUUGUGGUGGUAGUGCUGUUCAUCACCUGCUGGUCACCACUCCUCAUCACCAAUAUGCUGCAGGCUUGGGGAUUCCUCGAGCCGUACGAUCACAGGCCCUUCUAUAAACACCUGUACAAUGCUGUCCACCUCCUCGCCUACUUCAACAGCUGCAUCAAUCCUAUAGUUUACGGAUUCCUCUCUAAAAAUUUCCGCGAGAGUUUCUACCUGUCACUGUGUCCCUGCCUCCGCCCGCCCCGCCAGCCCGUCCGCCAGGUGUCACUGUCUCACACACGCACCACCUCUGUCGGGUACAAGGAAAGCUUUCGUCUCAGUGUGAGGUAUUCCAACAGAGCUACUAAUGUGUGAAGACGAGGAGGACGAGGAGGAGGACGAGGAGAAGGAAGGAGAGGAGGAGGAGGAGAGAGAGGAGUAAAAUGGGUGAGAGUGUGUGUGUGUGUGUGUGUGUGUGUGUGUGUGUGUGUGUAGUAGGCAAAAUGUUGUGUUUGUAUAAGUCUAAUGUAAAUAUUAUAUUCUGUAAGGUACGCUACUUCUACUUCUACUACUACUACUACUACUACUACUACUACUACUACUACUACUACUACUACUACUACUACUACUACUACUACUA